AUGGCUCUUAUAUUCAUCCAUGCAAAUGCUUUCUCCAUAACCCUUCUUUUCUUCGUCUUUUUGACUAAUCUUGACCCUACACUCGCCACUCAAGCUUGUACUUACCCUUGUCAACCACCACCACCACCAACACCCAACACAAACUGCCCUCCUCCACCUUCGCCACCACUUGCACCACCGCCGCCACAACUACAGCCACCAGUGAUACCACAGCCACCAUGGUUGCCACUACCCCCACCGCCUCCUGGGAACGUCAUUUGGGCUGCGCCACCACCUCCUAAUCCAAUAUUGCCUUACUUUCCAUGGUAUUACAUGUACCCUCCUCCGCCCGAAUUUUCCAUGGCAAUGUCACUUCAGCGAUCGCUCCUUAUGGUUCCAUGCAUCAUUUUCGUGGGUUUAUAUAUUAUGAAAAAUGUCUUCUUGAACACGUUAUCUCCCAAAGCCAGAAAUCAGGGACUUUUGGCCUGUUCGCAUGUCUUGUAUUUCUGUGGUGGUUAA